AUGGCUCAACACUUCCACAUCGCUCAGCUCACCCCUCAUAAACCCAAUAAGGAGUCGAGUAGUCCUUCGACCAUCCUGCAACUCGCCCAACGGCUACUCCCCUCAUCUGCCGCUACCAAAGAGUUGGAGGAUGGUCUAAACCCGAAAGACCCGGGACAGAGCAAUGUCCAUGAAGUUGUGAGUCCAGAGAAAAAGGAACCAUCUACAGCAGGUGGACUUCCAACCCAGAAGAAAGUGAUCGUAGUCGGUGCCGGCAUCGCCGGUCUUCGUGCUGCCUCCGUCUUGAGAACCCACGGAGUCCACGUCGUGGUCCUCGAAGCCCGGUCCGACCGGAUCGGCGGACGGAUUUACACGAGCAGGAAAGCUGGGCACGCUCCCAGAGACAUUGGAGCCGCCUGGAUGCACGAAACUGCCAACAACAAAUUGGUCCGUCUGAUCCGUGAGCUCAAAAUUGAACAUUACUAUGACGACGGUACUCCUCUCUACUAUGCCAAAGACGGCCGUCUCGGAUCCCAAUUUAAGGCCAAGAAAGUCGCCGACGAGUUUGCCGACUUCUGCGAAUGGUACUAUGACGAGAAUCCAGACGCCGAGGACAAGCCCGCCUUGACUUUCAUCAAGGAAUGGCUCAGUACCCAUCCUCUCGUCAGCGAGGAUGAACGCCUCUGGGCUCCUCAGGCCGCUCGGGAGGUCGAACCCUGGAUAGGUACCAGUCUCGAACAAGCCUCGUCGAAACAUCUUGCCUACUUCGCAACUGAGCGAAACCUCUAUAUGAAAGGAGGCUACGACACCAUCGUCAACUGGGCAGCCUCGAACCUCCGUGACCCCGAGACUAUCCGACUUGGCCACAAGGUCACUCAGAUUGAGUGGAAUGAAGACGAACGCCAACCGUGCACAGUGCAUGUGACCACUUUGGACGGCAACUCUACCACACUCGUUGCAGAUGCUAUCGUGUGUACCCUUCCCCUUGGUGUCCUGAAACACAAGCUUGUCGACUUCAGUCCUUCUCUCCCACCACAACUCUCGCUCGGUAUCGACCGACUGGGAUAUGGUGCCCUCGGCAAGAUUUUCGUCGAGUUUGAAACAGUCUUUUGGUCGAAAGACAAUGAUCAAUUCAUCUAUUAUCCCGAGCCGGCAGACACUUUCGACCCUGAUUCAAUCCUUUCGUACAUGACAGUCACUAGUAACAACUGGAUCAUGAGUGGCACCACAGAACUGUCUGUUCAGAUCGUGGAGCCACUCACCCAGCGAAUCGAGUCCAUGACCUCGGAAGCUGACAUUUUCGCCUUUUUCGAGCCUCUCUUUAAGCUCUUCCGUACCGAGCCAUACAAGAAACUUCCUCCAGUUGUGAAUCUGGAAACGACACACUGGACACAGGACCCUCUGGCUGGCUACGGUACUUACACUGCUGACAAAACCGGUGACGACCCGGAAAUUUGGUUUGACGCCAUCGAUGGCAACAAGGGAAGCAAGCUUCAGUUCGCUGGUGAGCACUGUGCACGGCUCGGAAACGGAUGUGUGCAUGGUGCUUUUGCCACCGGUGAAACUGCCGCGGUCAACAUCAUGACGUCGAUGGGGAUCUCCUACGAUGGUGGAGAUCUCUAUAGUAGACUUACUGGGAAGAGAAGAUCACCCAGACACUGA